ACCGCAGAGUGGUACAGGGUGUGUGCAUGUGGGUCCUCACCUUAAACCAAAGAGCAAUGGCGCCCAAAUGCGGUUCAGCUGGAUCUCCGCCAUGAAAGCGUAGGCGCGGACAUUCCUAGAUGGCGUGCAUCAGAGAUAUUUUAAAGGCGCUUUGUGAAUACAGUGCUGGAUGCUAUUUGUCCCUCCACUGGGCAGAUUGAACUCCUCUUAUUAACCAUCGGAGUCCAAGAGAUUUUUUUUUUAAUUCCUAUGCACUAGUCACAUGUUUAAACAACAUGCCUCAACUUUAAGGCUGUAGUUACUAACUCUCCAGCAUAUUGUUUUGAACAGUGUUAACCUUUUCAUGAAACGAUCAUUGAAAACUGAUUACAUUUUAAGCAUGUUUUCCUAUUUGCAUAUUUUUAAAAUUUUCUACAAGUUCUGUGGAAUUUCUACAGUGACUGCGACUAAAAUUUGGGCUUGUAUAGGGUUUAGAGAGGACCCCUGCACAAGGCUGGAUGUCGUACAUUUUUGUGCUGCAUGCUUUGGGAUCAGUCUCUCUGCCGCCUGUAACUUGUGAACCAGUGCAGAUUGCUGUGGUCCAUGUCCGCUGUCCUCCCCUGGUGUCUGUCCAGUGGUGUGCAUCUUGUUUCAUUGUUUCACUUACUAAUCCAAAAGCUUGCUUUGCCUCUGACUGUAGUUUGUGUCUUGGAUGUUAUCAUGACUUGCUGACGUGUUUAUGAACGAGCAUGAGUCCCCAACUCUUCUGCUUCUUCACAGCCCUGUUAGAGCUACUGCAGUCAUAACGGUCUCAAAUCAGCAUGAAGAGUGCUCCAAAUUGGGGUGUAUUUGUUGGCUUCCAUUCAAACUUCCUAGUUUCUUAGUCAUUUAAAGCUCUACACACGCUGUUGCGUAUGGAGGGCGGUAUUAGAAUUAGAAUGUUAUGCUCAUUUUCAUAUGAGACUGGCUUUGGAUAAGUAUAUUUAUUAGUAACAUUUGGGUAUGUUUUACUGCCUAGAAGAAGAAUCGACGGUCUCACUCAGUGUUUGGUCACCAUUUUGUUGUUGUUGUUAGCAGAGAAAUGUGUUUUAUGGUUUUAGAAACCAUUUAUGUUUCAAAUGAAUGUGAGGAAGUUAGAAAGCUGCGCAGUUGCCAGAGUGAGAAUAACUAUCGUGACCAUGAGUUAAAAAUAUUUUUUUGGAAUAAUUGAUAGUGGAAAUCUAAGUAUGGAAAGAUUUCUCUGCUUGGGAAAUAGCAGCCAAUAUGAAAGAAAGCUCACAGCGAAAAACUAGAGAAUGUGCAAAGUUACUUCAAAAUGAAUCUAUGAAAUCUGAUUGAUGUUUAUGUCUUUAAGUCACUUUUCUUAACUUCAGGGUGACAAAAUUAAGCUAAAUGCCCAUUUCUAGCACUUAGGGCAGUUGGUUUUACACAUGUACAAAUUGGAAGUUGAUUAAAAAAUUCCAAUCAUUGUGACUUAUAAGUUUCUUCUAUAUUAAUAGUUAUUUAUCAGAUGGCAAACUAGGCUUAUUAUGGAGCCAAGUGUUAAUGAGCUUGGUCUAACUUAAGAAUACUCUUUGGGUUAUGUUCAGAAUGUCUUUCUGUAGAGUUGAGGAUUAAAUUUACAAUCUGUAGCAGCCUCUUACAAAAAGUAAGAGUCUCUAUAUAAGUGGAGAACACGGUCCCCAGGUCACCACAUACAGAAUUCACUUACAACACUCAGAUGUGGCAGCUUCGGGACGUGGAGCAUUGUAGCCAGGUGGACUGACUUUAGCUUUAAUUAUCUUUCUGCUUCAAAUGUCUCAGUCAGGCUGGGUUGACAGACCAGUCUGUAAAGUGCCUGCUUGUAAGCGUGAGGACCUGAGUUCAAUCCCUGAGGGAGAACCUGCAUGAAAAAGCCCAGGUGUGACGGCACACUUGUCAGCCCACUCACUGCCUAGGAGAUAGACACAGGCAGGUCCCUUGAGCUCUCUGACCAGUUAACCCCGGUCUACUCAGCAGGUUUGAGGCCAGUGAGAGACCCUGUCUCAAAAAUGCAUGGACAAAUUUCUUAAUUAAAAAAAUAGAAAAGAAAAAAAAAUGCAUGGAUAGCACCUGAGGACUGGUAGCAGCUGAGAUUGUCCUCUGACCUUCACACGUGUACGUACGUGCUCUCCCACACAUAUUAUGUACCUGGCCACACAUGAACAUGCACACACACACACACACACAUACACACACACCCCUCUCAAACAAGUUUUUUCUCAAUAGGCCAAAACAUAUAAAGUAUAAUGUCCCUUUCAUUGUAGAAUACAUCCUUUAAAAGUAGCUUUACGUUUUUAAUAAGUAUGUGGUCUGUGUGAUCUUGUCAUCACAGCUAAAAGAUUAAAGUAGUAAGUACAAGCUCGUUGAAGGAACAAUCUGGAAGUUUUUAAUCAACCAUUUUGCAUAACCAAUUUACAUGUGGGCCGUGAGCAUGAAGCCUGAUUGGACAUUCUGAGCUGGAGAUAAAUCUAGACACAACCCUGGUUUACACUUCAGAAACAGUCUGUGAUGUGUCUAUAUGGAUACGCCGUUUAAAAACUGUGGCUCCUCAUUACGUUAUCAUGAAGACCAUCCCUGAGUGUUGUCGGGAAAUGGCUUUUUGGGUUCUCCUGGCUGGAAGGCUGAUCCAUGAGUGUCGUGCAUGAUGAGAAGCUCUACCUCAACACCGCCUUGCUCUUAGAAUGAAAGUCAUCAAGGAGCCAGCGAGCCCCAGGCCAUGUGCUACAUCGAGACAUCCAACUUAGAUGGCGAGACCAACCUGAAAAUCAGACAAGGCUUACCAGCAACAUCGGAUAUCAAAGACAUUGACAGUCUAAUGAGAAUUUCUGGCAGAAUUGAGUGUGAAAGUCCAAACCGACAUCUCUACGAUUUUGUUGGCAACAUAAGGCUUGAUGGACAUGGCACUGUUCCCCUGGGAGCAGACCAGAUUCUUCUUCGAGGUGCUCAGUUGAGAAAUACUCAGUGGGUUCAUGGGAUAGUUGUCUACACCGGACACGACACCAAGCUGAUGCAGAACUCCACAAGCCCGCCACUUAAACUCUCCAAUGUGGAGCGGAUCACAAAUGUACAAAUUCUGAUUUUAUUUUGCAUCUUAAUUGCCAUGUCUCUCGUCUGCUCUGUGGGCUCAGCCAUUUGGAAUCGAAGGCAUUCCGGGAAAGACUGGUACCUCCAUCUCCACUAUGGUGGCGCUAGUAAUUUUGGAUUGAACUUCUUGACUUUCAUUAUCCUUUUCAACAACCUCAUUCCCAUCAGCUUGUUGGUUACAUUAGAAGUGGUAAAAUUUACCCAGGCAUACUUCAUAAAUUGGGAUCUUGACAUGCACUAUGAGCCCACGGACACUGCCGCCAUGGCUCGGACGUCUAAUCUGAAUGAGGAACUUGGCCAGGUUAAAUACAUAUUUUCUGACAAAACUGGGACCCUGACAUGCAAUGUGAUGCAGUUCAAGAAAUGCACCAUCGCAGGCGUGGCUUAUGGCCAUGCCCCCGAACCUGAGGAUUAUGGGUGCUCGCCCGAUGAAUGGCAGAGCUCACAGUUUGGAGAUGAAAAAACAUUUAGUGACUCAUCAUUACUGGAAAAUCUCCAGAAUAACCACCCAACCGCACCUAUCAUCUGUGAGUUCCUCACAAUGAUGGCAGUCUGCCACACAGCUGUACCAGAGAGAGAAGGAGAGAAGAUCCUUUACCAGGCAGCAUCUCCAGAUGAGGGAGCGCUGGUCCGAGCGGCCAAGCAGUUGAAUUUUGUCUUCACUGGAAGAACACCCGACUCGGUCAUCAUAGACUCACUGGGGCAGGAAGAAAGAUAUGAAUUGCUCAAUGUCCUAGAGUUCACCAGCGCUAGGAAGAGAAUGUCGGUGGUGGUGCGGACUCCGUCCGGGAAGUUACGGCUGUACUGCAAAGGAGCUGACACAGUAAUUUAUGAAAGACUUGCAGAGACUUCCAAGUACAAAGAAAUCACCCUAAAACACUUAGAACAGUUUGCUACGGAAGGGCUGAGGACCUUGUGUUUUGCUGUGGCUGAGAUCUCCGAGAGUGACUUCGAGGAGUGGCGGGCUGUCUACCAACGAGCAUCCACAUCGGUGCAGAACAGGCUGCUGAAGCUGGAGGAGAGCUACGAGCUGAUCGAAAAGAAUCUUCAGCUACUUGGAGCUACAGCCAUUGAGGACAAAUUACAAGACCAAGUACCCGAAACCAUAGAGACGCUAAUGAAAGCUGACAUCAAAAUAUGGAUCCUUACUGGGGACAAGCAAGAAACCGCCAUUAAUAUUGGACACUCCUGUAGACUUCUGAAGAAGAACAUGGGAAUGAUCGUUAUCAAUGAAGGCUCUCUCGAUGGAACCAGGGAAACUCUCAGUCGGCACUGCACCACCCUUGGAGAUGCCCUGCGGAAGGAAAACGAUUUCGCGCUUAUAAUUGAUGGGAAGACCCUCAAGUAUGCCUUAACCUUCGGAGUCCGGCAGUACUUCCUGGACUUGGCUUUGUCCUGCAAAGCUGUCAUUUGCUGCAGGGUUUCUCCUCUUCAGAAGUCUGAGGUGGUUGAGAUGGUCAAGAAACAAGUCAAAGUCAUCACACUUGCGAUUGGCGAUGGAGCGAAUGACGUCAGCAUGAUACAGACGGCCCAUGUGGGGGUUGGGAUAAGCGGGAACGAAGGUCUGCAGGCAGCCAACUCUUCCGAUUACUCCAUAGCUCAGUUCAAGUAUUUGAAGAAUUUGCUGAUGGUUCACGGUGCCUGGAAUUACAACAGAGUCUCCAAGUGCAUCCUGUACUGCUUCUACAAGAACAUCGUGCUCUACAUCAUUGAGAUCUGGUUUGCCUUUGUCAAUGGCUUUUCUGGACAAAUCCUCUUUGAGAGAUGGUGCAUAGGACUUUAUAAUGUGAUGUUUACAGCGAUGCCUCCCUUGACGCUUGGAAUAUUUGAGAGAUCAUGCAGAAAGGAGAACAUGUUAAAAUACCCUGAGUUGUACAAAACGUCUCAGAAUGCUCUGGACUUCAAUACCAAGGUUUUCUGGGUUCAUUGUCUGAAUGGCCUCUUCCACUCCGUUAUUCUCUUUUGGUUCCCACUCAAAGCCCUUCAGUAUGGCACAGUAUUUGGAAAUGGGAAAACCUCAGAUUACCUGCUUCUGGGAAAUUUCGUUUAUACUUUUGUAGUGAUCACUGUGUGUUUGAAAGCGGGACUGGAAACCUCCUAUUGGACGUGGUUCAGCCACAUUGCCAUCUGGGGCAGCAUCGCGCUCUGGGUGGUGUUCUUCGGAAUCUACUCAUCUCUGUGGCCCGCCGUUCCCAUGGCUCCUGAUAUGUCUGGAGAGGCAGCCAUGCUCUUCAGCUCUGGAGUCUUUUGGAUGGGCUUGCUCUCCAUUCCUGUGGCUUCCUUGCUUCUGGAUGUGCUGUGCAAAGUUAUCAAGAGGACCGCCUUUAAAACAUUAGUGGAUGAAGUUCAGGAGCUCGAGGCGAAAUCUCAGGACCCAGGGGCAGUCGUACUUGGAAAGAGCCUCACGGAGAGGGCACAGCUGCUCAAGAAUGUCUUUAAGAAGAACCACGUCAACCUGUACCGCUCCGAGUCCCUACAGCAGAACCUGCUCCACGGCUACGCUUUCUCUCAAGAUGAAAACGGCAUCGUCUCACAGUCUGAAGUGAUUAGAGCCUAUGAUACCACGAAACAGAGGCCAGAUGAGUGGUGAAAAGGAGACCUAAGCAACAGGCCCUGCUGUGUCUCUGAGGAGAGCCGUCACAAUCUGAGGUCAUCCCCUGCAGUCUGCUGACCAAUCCCAGUCUGGCCCAUGGGGAGAAAAAGUGGAUCCGAGCUCAUCUCCCAGAUGGAUUUCACGGACAUAAGCUCUAUGCGAUUAUUCUAACACCAUCGCCCUCAGAUGUUCUCAAGUACCUGCUAAGGCUUUGUAAACCGGUAUUGGAAAUGACCUUGUGUCUUGCCUGAGUGCUUUCUCAAAGUGGGGACAGGUCAGUGUUCACAAGCCGCCCCUCUGGGCCUGUAGCUCUCAGUUCAUUGGCUCAACGACCCGUCAAUCAACCAUUUAAAAAACAACUCCGAAAUGGUGUUAAGAGAAGGGACUCUGGAUAUCGAGACUUAGAUUUCAGGAUAUGCUGAAACACGCCAGCAUUCUUGACUCACUCUACUGAACACUUCUAAACAAGGCAUUAAUACGUGUUUGUGUCAAUAAAGUGUCUUGCUUAAUGUUUGCCAAAGACGUUCAGUGCGUGUGUUUGUCAUUCAGUAGUCAACUGCCCAGAAAUGUAAAGGAGAGUUUCCUCGCAGUACUGCUGUUCGAUCUGCAUGCUUGACUUUUCAAAUGUGAGCGCGACUUGCAAAAAUUGAACAUGUCCAGGCGUUUGCUACUAAAAUCUGUGAUGUCGCACCUUCGGCCUUACAACUGCUUCUCCGUCGAUUGUUCUCUUUAUUUGUCCCGUCAGAGAGACCUGUCCGCGUGUGACCAUUGUUGCAGCACUGAUUUCUUCCUUAACUCUGUUGUCUGUCAUUUCUGAUGAACUUUAGACUCCCUUUAGAUGCUCGUAGAAAUCUGGCUUCUGCUGUGUAUUGAGUGAUGUCACUGGGUCUUCAUUAUUUUUUCCCCUCCUAAGAAAAUUAUGCUUACGUAUUUAUGUGGGAUUUCUGAAGCUUCUGUGUCGAUGUUUGGGGUAAUCCAUCAGAUAAUGCAUGGGCUUUUUGUCAUGUGCCUAGGCUCGGCUUUUGUCCUGUGUUCUGUUUGGUCCUCGCUGUGUGUUCCCACUGGAGAUGAUAUACGUAGCACAGUUGGUGUGUCAGUGAUACCCAUAUGCUUCACCCUUAAAAUUAUUUCACAGUUCGCUCAACCAAGAGUUCCCAAAGUGAGCGCGUACUGCUAAUUGACAGAGACAGAUAAGUAGCAUGUUUCCCUUGUUUUAAGGAAAUAGCUAUUACUCCAGUAAACCUUCCAGUCAAUGAAUACUUCUUCUCAUCAUGAGUGGGGCUCACUGAUACGUUUUCAAAUAUAUGUUCAUUCUCAUUAGUUUUGGCAUUUCCAUGAAAUCUCCUGAAAAAAAUGCCUAUUUUGCUACCAACAAUAAAUGGUGAAGGGGCUGUUUAAGAACCACACCCUGUUUUCUACAGUUUUUACAACAUGUUUUUCAUCUUAAAAGAUUAAAAAGGGAGUUCUAGUUUUCAGAUACACUUCAGAGAUCGAAACGAACUCUUCUGCCUUUUAUCCAAAAGCCUGUUUGCCUUUAAGUGGGUUACCAGCAAAAUAGGGAUCUUUAAACGUGUGCAAGGACUAGCUUUGAGAAGAGGGAGCUUCCAAAUUACCCCCCAUUUCAUCAUUGACAUUGUUUUCCCUCUUUUUCUCAGUCUGGAUUUAAAAUUAGACUCUGUUUCUUCCUCCUCUAAAUUUGUAGCUAGUUAACCAGUGUGUCUCUGCAUUCCCUACAAAUGAGAGGUCCUAAACCCCCACAGUAUUCUGAAGGGAGCAGAGUGGACACACUCCACAUCUCAAACUUGUCUGUCCUGUUGGAGCUUAGAUGAAGCAACCCACAAAUCAAAACAUCCAGCAGAACUGCACACAGAGACUCGAAGGUGAUCUUUCACAUUGGGAGGCUGGAGACUUUAACCUUCUACCAACUAAGUGUGGCGAGUGGGUUCUCCUCAGCCUCCUGGUGGUGACAGUGGAGAUCCACACCACAGAAAUGAGUGGUCCCCCAAGGAUGGCUUCCCUUUGCCCUCUCCAGCAGAGGCGGCUGUCUCCAGGUUCCUCACGUCAGAGCGUUGUGGAUGAGAAUGGAAUCUUCUGCCCUCCGCAUGAAAAUCUAAAGUCCUUUUUUUUUUUUUCUUGAAUCAUGAAUUAUUUUGAUGGAAUGCCUCCACAUGAGAAUACUCAUGGUUAAUCAGUCUAGUUCAUACCCUGAAAUGAAGCUCUUUAUGCCUGGUCAUCCCUGGAUCCUGUGUUUGAAUGGUGGACAUGAAGUCAAGUCUCCCUGUUUCUUGGGUUGGGGAUAGCACAGGGAGUGGCCACUUGGGUAAAACUUGAAAUAGAGAAUUGCUGUUGCAGUGGGUGUGUGAUACCCUUGAAUUUCUAACCUUUGUUAGCUGAGGGGAAACGCUCAUGGUUUUACCGGGAUUUGAAUCACAGCAGUCAAAGUGACUUUAAACCUGUUUUUCUGAAAAAAAAAAAAAAAAAAAAAAAAAAAAAAAAAAACAACAAUAUGUAACUCCAAAACUCCUCGUUAGGGACUCUAGUAAGUGCUGACAUGACUGCUUUGUAAUGUUUACAAUCCAGAAAAUACUAUUUAUAGCAGAAAAGCCUCGUCACUUUAGCAUUGAAAAGCUGGGCGUUUCUUCCUUCUUCAUGUUGGAAUAUACACAGCAGUAUACAACCUGGACUUUCUCUAUGUAUUAUACAUGUGAAAAGGCAUUGGUGUCUGGCACCCUGUAAGAUGCUGUAUUGUAGAAGGUAUUAGCAGGAAAGCAGUGUUCUCGGGAACAUAGGAAAUUUAACAUGGUAAGUGGGCUUCCUGGCUGGAACUCCUCUUGGCGCUCUGUGUGAGAUGGCGUCAGCAACAAAGGAGAACUUACUGGAAAGCUUUCUCACCCAGGCAAGAGGACGGAUACUGCCAAAUCAGGGAGCCAUGAGCUGUAUUGUCAUUAAAGAGAAUCGGCAGUUCUUUUUCUCCCCGACAGACAAAGUGAAUUCUAGAAAUGACCAGCAUGUAGUCUCAGCAUUUAAUUAUAUAUUGUAAUUUUUCCACUCCAUAUCCCUGAUAGCUGGGGUGAUAGUGACAGGUUAAUUUGUCCUAUACUCAGUGCCACCCUCAUAAGCUGUCAUGGAAAAAAAUCCUUUCAGAAAGUGAAUGCGAGCCAGAGAGCAAUAGCGACAUCCUCUGAAAACAGUGUGUGGCGAUCACAAAGCCACCUGUUCAUCACGCGGUUGGUUUUUGAUGGUUCCAGGUCUUAAAACUUGUUUCACGAAAUGAACCUUUAGUCUAAACAGUAAACUACAAACUUUAGUCCCACUUACUCACACCGUGGUGACCAGGUAUGUGGGAUUCCUUCUGUCCAUUGCUGACAGCAACACCACGUGGCUCUGUGCCUCAAAAAUGCUUUUUAAUGAUGAGCAUUUCUGGAUGCCUCUUGAACAUAACAUAGCCUGAUUUUUCUCACAUUGAAAUAAAAACACUUGUGAAACUUAGUUAUACUUUGCUGUGUUUUAAUUAACCUUCAACAGCUAUUGAAAUGGAAUGUAAGUUAAGUUUUGAAGAAAGGAAAAUAAAUGCUGUCUGUGUUUUGUAUUGAUUUAUUUUCUGUAGAAGAAGAGCUGUUAGGAUUUUUUGUUUUUGUGCGUGUUUCGUUUUUUUUGUUUUGUUUUGUUUUUUGAUAGGUUUAUGGUUUGCAUGAACUAAUAUUUAAAGUGAUCCACACAAAUGCAUGGCUUUUGUAAAAAUCUUGAUAUUUAUUUCUGUCUUAUAAAACUUUAUCAUGGCCUAACUAGAAUUUAAUAUUCAGUGGACAAAUUAAUUGGUCCUCCACACCUUUUUUU